AUGGGUAACGCAGAGAGUGCGGUUGUGCAGAAGCGACUGUCUCGCUUCCGUCCUGAAGAUCGGCCGGUGAUUGAAGGAGUGUUUGACCGCCUGAGGGGCAGUCUUGGGGGCCAAAAGAUAACAGGAAACACUCUCACCUUUGAGAUGCUGCAGUCGUCCAUGUGCAUGCUCGCACCAGACUCCAUGGUAAGGAGAUCAUACAGGUGCAUGUGUAGUAUUGCCUGUGAGGCAACAACGGCAGCCGGCAAAGUCGGUGCAUCUGCCGCGUCAGGAGUGCAUCGAGAGCAAUUGGUCAUCUUCCUUGCAGACACCUUGCGGGGUACUGCUGAAGAACGAGCUCCUCUUGUCAUGUUUAUGUGCCAAAAUGAACCUUGUGACAAGGGUGUCACCAAUGAGAAAGUAACAGAGUUCUUACAGGACCUGAUCACUGCUGUAGUUCAGAUCCUUGCCCAUAAAAAACUCCUUCAGGGGUGGAAACCAGAGAAAAUGGGUGAUGUCUCACAGGGUGUCAAACUUUUAGCAGAGCAGAUGUGUUCAGAACUAAAAACCACAGAACAGGGAGACUAUGAUGUUGCCUCCUUAGAAGACUGGAUCUUUCGAGUACCCCAAAUAUCUUUGUACAUGGAGAUGUUGGUAGCUGAGGGACUAAAUGUAUGGCCAAAUGUGCGGCCAGUCCUCCCUCUGUUGCCUCCUUGUCAGGAGACAUCUUGGAAAGAUCUACACUCUCUCUUGGAUAUUCCCACCCUCAUGUUUCUUGCUCCGCAGUUGCCGGACAGAUAUAGUGCACCCUGGAGACUUGUGUUUUCCACGCUGCUGCAUGGUGAGAGCUUCACAAGGAUGCUGGCAGGCCUGACAAAAUGUGGGCCGACCUUGCUGCUCAUUAAAGACACAAAGGGACAUAUUUUUGGGGGCUUUGCCUCCUACAGCUGGGAAGUCAAGCCUCAGUUUCAAGGCGAUUCCAGAUGUUUCCUGUUUUCAGUGUUCCCCAGACUGAGAGUUUAUUCAGCUACAGGUUACAACCAACACUUCAUGUACCUUAACCAGAAUCAGCAGACCAUGCCCAACGGACUGGGGAUGGGCGGUCAGCACAGCUACUUCGGGCUGUGGUUAGAUAGUGACUUUGGACAUGGUCACAGCCGUGCGCGGCCAAAGUGCACAACCUUUGGAAGCCCUCAACUGUCAGGGGACGAGAACUUUAUUUUGGACUCCGUGGAAGUGUGGGCAGUGGGAAAGACGUCUGAGCCGGAGGAGGAUGAGGAAGGUCACGCUAAGAAGAGUGUUUUGGACAUGGAUCCGGAGGUUCAGGCCAUUAUGGAGAUGACAGGGAAAAAACUGCACAGUCAGGGCCUCAGGGAGCCAGAUGAGGACUAA